AUGCGUUCUAACUUUAAAUUAUUUAAUUUUUGUUUGAUUUUCAUUUUGUGCCAAGCCAGUUACAAGGAGCAGUAUCGAGUGCCACACGAAUAUUCACAAAACUGGGAGUCGUAUAUACUGAAAGAAAAGGAGUAUCUCAUACAAAAUCUGCCCGUCACAUGGGAGAACGCAAAGAUUUUAUGUCGGGGUCAUCACAAUGGAAACUUGGCGAUAUUGGACACUCGGGAGAAAUCCGAGUUUUUGGCUGAAGCGCUCUCGGAAUCGCAACUAGAAGUGGAAUCCGUUUGGGUGGGCGCAAGAAGAGACUCGAGUGAAGAUCCGGAGGGCUACAGAUGGAGCCAGGGUGUGGAACUGAGACGGACCGCUGCCGACAUUCUAAUGAGUGAAAAGGAUGAAAUAAACUCAAAACGUUAUCCUCUAUGGCUGAACCGGACACAUGUCCCAGUACCGGAGGGUGGCGCCGAUUGCGUUGCAUUGGAGAGAGUCCAGCACGACAAGCCUGUCUUCCUAGACCUUUCCUGCCUCAUAGAGAGGCCCUUCGUAUGUGAGAGGGAUGCCAAGAUGGACGUAGCGGUACAAGAGCUGAAAACGGUGCGCUGCAAAACGGGACUGUACCACAUCUUCGACGGGCGGCUGAACUGGGAUCAGGCGGCAGCGCACUGCGUGAUAAAACAAAUGACUUUAGCCAACAUCGGUACUAUGAGGUGCUUGAAGAAGCUUGGGCUCACAAUGCUAAAAUCGAGACCGAGUAUCGAAAACGCUUGGGUGGGCGCCAAGGGCUCACUCGGUCGCUGGGCCUGGAUAGACUCCGGUCUCAGCAUCUUCCAGGCAUCUCCGUACACUGAUGUGCAACCGGAAAUGUGGCCGCCGAUGCGAGAUCGUACGACAGUGAAACAGAGCGGCUGCCUCCAGCUGGACAGACAUACCACCAAAAGUCCUGUAUUCCUCGAAGGCCGCUGCGAGAGAAGGAUGCAGUUCAUUUGUUACAAAGGUGUGCCGGGCAUGAGGAGAAGUGUCGCGACACCCAGCGACGACAAUUACUACUACGUGCUGGUGAGGCAGCAGUUCUACUGGCAGCACGCGUACGAGAACUGCCUGAAGAUGAACGGCACACUGGCCAACGUGGAGAGUCGGGACAUUCUGAUACAGCUGCUUCUGGUUAUGGGUGAAAACAAAGACGAGCCCGUUGAACACAUAUGGAUCUCAGGGCGCCUCAACAUGACUAAGGACGCGAACACCGAGCAGGUGACGUACACGUGGACGAAUCCAGCAAACGGGAGGAGGAUCCCAGACACGAAAGCCGACGGAGAAUUCAUCGAUGGUCUAUACAUGCCGCCAUGGCUAGACGAAGAGUUCUCGAUGGACAAUCCCUGCUUGAAUCUUGACCGUCAGGAUCAUUUAAACGGUUUAGUCUAUGGAAUGUCCUGUGACACACCCCAGUACUCUGUUUGUAUGAUUGAGAAAAAAGCUCCGAAAUCCUUUGAGAAAGUAAUCGAAGUGAAUGAAACCCUU